AUGCCGCCCUCGCAGCUCAAGCGGCUGAAGGCCUCACUUCGCGAACAAGGUCUCACUGGACCGCAAAAGUCCAAAAAGCAGAAAAAAGCACAGCCCAAGAACGCCGACCAAGCAGCCAAAAAGGCCGCCGCGCUCGCAGCCCUUCGGGAGUCUUUCAAUCCCUUCGAUGUAAAACAUCUCUCACGCCCGAAGAAGCACGAAUACGUCUCGAACAACCCACAAGAUGCAAAGACCAAGGUCCUGGGUCGGCCGGGUGUUACCAAGAGCCAGGGCGAAGAGACACGUAGGAAGACCCUGUUGCCGGAGAUGAGUAAAAGAAACAAGAUGGGCGGCAUUAUGGAUCGCAGAAUUGGUGAGGACGAUCUUACCAUGAGUCUGGAAGACAAGAUGAUGGCGAGAUUCGAGAGAGAGCAACAGAGGACGCGAGGCGGAAAUAAUUUCGAUUUGGAAGACGAUGGCGACGAUGUUGAGCUCACCCACGCGGGCAAAUCGUUGCGAUUCGACGAGGGCGACCUUGGGAAAGAAGACUACGAUGCUGCGAGUGUGAGCGGCGGUUCAAGCGAUGGUGACGAGGAUGGCUUCUUGAAGAGGAAGAGGCGGCGAGACUCUGAAGGUGAAGAGGAGGAAGAAGGCGAGGGAGCUGAAGAUCAGCCAGAGAGGAAGAAGACCAAAGCAGAAGUGAUGAAGGAAGUCAUUGCAAAAUCGAAGCAGCACAAGUACGAACGACAACAGCUGAAGGAAGACGAUGACGAGCUUCGGGAAGAGCUCGACAAUGACCUAAACGACGUGCUUGCCGCUCUCAGAGGGCAUAUGAGUGGAAAACCGCCUGUAAAGGAGCCAACCACUACAGACGUUAAGCCAGACUUUGGCAUCAACCCUGAUCGCGCCGCUCUCCUUGCUGGGAUGGAUCGCGAUCAAGCAGACAAGGAGUACGAUGCGCGAGUGCGAAAAAUGAUGUACGACCAGCGCUCGAAGCCUACCGAGCGUACCAAGACUGAGGAAGAGAAGGCGAAAGAAGAAGCCGAGAAGCUUAAGGCGCUUGAGAACAAGCGCAUGCGAAGGAUGCGUGGUGAACCUACAAGCGAUGACGAGGAGUCGCAGGAUGAUGGCAAAGGGGAUGAAGACAUGGACGAAGAUGCUGAAAGUAUCAACGAUGAUGCCGCAGAAUUUGGCUUGGGUGCACCACUACAGCAGAAAAGUCGUCCUGAUGGCGUGGAUGACGAGGACGAUUUCUUGCUCGAAGACGACCUCAUCGCUAGUGAUUCAGAAGCCGAGAUUUCGGAGGAUGAAGACUCAGAUGGCGAAUUUGGCGCGGAUGAUACCAUGGCUGUUGAUGAGGACGAUGACUUCCUUAAGAGUGUCUUGCCCGAGAAGACGCAGCCCACCAAGGCCAAGAACGGCGUGCUCUCGCUCGGCCUAGAGUCAACGCCCAAGUUGGCUUAUACAUACGCAUGUCCCCGAUCGCACGAAGAGCUUCUCGAAGUUUUCAAGAACGUCAGUGUAGACGAUACGCCUACGGUUGUCCAGCGAAUUCGUGCACUCUACCAUGCUGGGCUCCACGCUGAUAACAAGGACAAGCUUGCCGAUUUUGGCUGCGCCUUGGUUGACCAUAUCUCGUAUCUCUCCAACCAGAGCCCGCCAGCUCCUCUACAGGCCGUCGAAGCAGUGAUUCGCCAUAUCCACUCGUUAUCUCGUUCAUACCCAGUGGCCAUUGCUACCCGCUUCCGAGAACACCUCAAGCAACUACACACGUCGAACGACCCUAACCAGGGUAAUCUCACUGUCCUCACGGCAAUCAGCUCAAUAUACCCCACCUCAGACCACUUCCACCAAGUUGUCACUCCCGCCAUCACUCUGAUCGCUCGCUUCCUCGGUCUUCAGACGCCGAACUCCGCCAAAGACGUUGCGACUGGCGCCUACCUAGGCGCUCUCUGCCUCCACUACCAGCGGCUUAGCAAGCGCUACAUCCCCGAAUUUGUCCGUUACACAACGCUGUGUCUCAAAUCCCCACACACGACCCCCGCUCUCCUCACCGCGCAUACCCAAAAUAUCCUCACCGCCUCCGACAUCUGGUCCAAAACGCCCGCCUUCACGGAAAUUUUCACACCCCUCCUCGCGCCCCUCAAAGCCGCCAAACCCGCGCAAACCACCGCCAUCCACCGCCUCACUAUCGCGCUCCAGCACGCGCGCGUCCACCGCCGCCCGCAGCUCCUGCACCACCACCGGCCGCUGCCGAUCAAGUCCUCCAUCCCCAAGUUCGAGGAGGACUUCGAUCCCACGAAGCACUACGACCCGGACAAGGAGCGCGCGGAGCAGGCGAAGCUGCGCAAGGAGUACAAGCGCGAGAGGAAGGGCGCGAUGCGCGAGCUGCGCAAGGAUGCGAGCUUUAUCGCGCGGGAGAAGCUCAGGGACAAGAAGGAGAAGGAUAAGGCGCAUGCAGAUCGGGAGAGGAGGCUUAUUGCGGAGAUUCAGGGUGAGGAGGGCAGGGAGAAGAAGGAGUAUGAGAGGGAGGUGCGAAAGAGGAAG